AUGGUGCAGUCGCCGAUGAUUUCAAGUCCGCUGAAGCAGACGAAUGAAAUAGACUGGGUUCUGCCACUGAAAGGAUACAUCAGAACUACGUAUGGAGAUGAUCCAGAACGGUACAAUGAAGAAUGUACCACUCUCAAUCGCUUGCGACAAGACAUGCGGGGCGCUGGCAAGGACAGCGCAUCAGGAAGAGAUCUUUUGUACAGAUACUAUGGCCAGCUUGAACUAUUGGACCUACGAUUUCCGGUGGAUGAGAACCAUAUCAAGAUUUCCUUUACCUGGUUCGAUGCAUUCACAGCGAAACCCACAUCACAGUUUUCGUUAGCCUUUGAGAAAGCCUCCAUCAUUUUCAAUAUCUCCGCUGUUCUUUCUUGCCAUGCUGCGAACCAGAAUCGAUCAGAGGAAAGUGGACUCAAGACGGCUUACCACUCCUUCCAAGCCUCGGCGGGCAUGUUCACCUAUAUCAACGAGAACUUUCUGCAUGCGCCAUCAGUGGAUCUUAGCCGAGAAACUGUCAAGACCCUCAUCAGCAUCACCCUGGCACAGGCGCAGGAGGUGUUUCUGGAGAAGCAAGUUGCGGACGGCAAGAAGGCCGGAUUACUAGCAAAACUGGCGGCGCAGGCCCACGUUCUGUACUCGCAAGCUAUAGAGGGAUGUCAGGAGAACGUAGGCAAAGGCAUCUUUGACCGGUCGUGGGUCUUUGUGGUGCAGACUAAAGCGGCGCACAUGGCUUCUCUUUCAGAAUACUAUCAAGCUCUUGCAGAUGAAGACAGCAACAGUUAUGGAACGGCCGUUGCAAGAUUACAGCUCGCAGAGAAAUCCAGCAAGUCGGCGUGUAGCCUUGCUAAGUCGGUACCGUCGUCUCCAUCACCCGAUUCGAAUCUUGGUUCGGAAACUGGGUCUAUUCUGGUUCAGAUAACGAAAAGGCAUUUCGAAAACGUGCAAGAAAAGCUGUCCGCCUUGAUUAAGGAUAACGACUUCAUCUACCAUCAAACAGUCCCGGCAGAAGCAUCUUUAUCGGCUGUCUCCAAACUUCCCGCAGCAAAAGCUAUCCCCGUGAGUGAAUUGUAUCAGGGCCAGGAUAUUCAGAAGAUCAUUGGUCCAGAUAUCUUCCAGCGAUUGGUGCCCAUGUCUGUGACAGAACAAGCGAGCAUGUACGAUGAAGAAAAAGCCAAGCUCAUACGUUCAGAAGCAGAAAAGGUAGAGACGGCCAAUGGCGAAAUGGAAGCAAGCCUCGACUAUCUCAAACUUCCACAAAGUCUGAAUGUCCUCAAAGGUGGUAGGGACCAGGAAAUUACUGUCGAGGAUGAAUUUAGACGCUGGUGUGAGGAUCUUGCCGGCCACGAGUCCUUCUCCAAAGCGUUUGAACACCUUCAAAAGGAAAAAAGUGCGAUUUUAUCCAGCUUAUCCCAAGAUUCGAAACAGCUUGAUAUGGAAGAAAGUGUUUGUGAGAAGAUGCGCUCUAAAUAUGGUGCGGAUUGGACCCAACAACCCAGCUCAAGAUUAACCUCGAUCUUUCGAAGCGACAUACGGAACUACCGAGACACCAUAGACGAAGCUGGUAACACUGAUUCUCAACUGUUAGCCACAGCAAGGCAAUACGAGAACGAUUUCGAGGAGAUGCGUUCAGCUGGAGAGGCUGACGAGGCCGACAUCUUGUUCCAGAGAGCUUUGAUCAAGGCUGGAUCUGGUAGAGGAAAGAACAGGAGUGGGAAGGGCAGUUCGUACUCGCCAAAUGCCGAGGGCAAUUUAUUAGAUGAUGAUUAUGGUGAAGGCGGGCCGACCGUGGCAGACCAGAUUGCAAGAGUGGAAGAACUCCUCAAGAAGCUCAACCUGGUCAAGCGGGAACGAGCACAAUUGUUAAAGGAUCUCAAGGAGAAGGCCAUGACUGACGACAUAUCAAAUGUGCUCAUUUUGAAUAAAAAAUCGAUAUUGAACCAUGAAAACCAGCUGUUCCAGGCCGAACUGGAGAAAUUUCGUUCCCAUCAGAAUCGUUUGUUAUCAACAGUCCACAAACAGCAGUCUCUCCUCAAAGAGCUUACCAAGACGUAUGGCGACCUGCUACAAGACAAACGAGUGCGAUCUGAUCAACAGAAAUAUGAGGCUAUCACCCGAAACCGGGCUGCUGUGAUGACUAGAUAUAGAAAGGUAUUUCAAGUCUUCGAGGAUCUACGGGAAGGUCUGCAACGAGCGGGAAGAUUUUACAGCGAGAUGAAGCAGACAGUGGACAGCAUUGGUAAGAACGUGGAAGGUUUCGUCAACAACCGCAGAGCAGAGGGUGCCCAAUUACUCAGCCAGAUCGAGCAGAACAAAGCGAGUUCAGCCAGCACACAAGCAUCCGCCGAGCGAGAAAGAUUACAGCAGCUGAUGGAACGGAUGUCGAUGAAUCCCAGCACGGCUUCUUCAGGAGGGUCAGAGUCACGUCCUCCACCGGUUCCAUCACAACCUUCAUAUCAGAACUCGAGAUCUCCUCCUGUCUCACCACAGCAUUCUACUGCUAAUCCUGAUCCGCGGUUCACAAUACCACCACAAAAAACGCCUCGCUCUGCAGAAUCACAGCCCUAUCACCAGUCCAAUCCUCCAAAUGGCUACCAAUAUCCGCCACAACAACAGCCACCCCUUAUCCAUUCACCUCACCAGCAACAGCAGCAGCAGUAUCAACCACCACAACAUGCCUUUUCCCAAGGUGCUGCCGCCCCCCUCUCAGAAGGUUACCACCCGAUGGCAUACCCCUACCAAACACCAAUAUCCACCCAACCAGCGCCAAACCACCAAUUCUUCCCACCCAUAUCUACCACACCUCAACCCAACCCAUCUUUCUACCCUCCACACCAAUCUCCUCCCCCCUCCCAGCCCUCAUUUCAACCCGCACAACCACAGUACCAUUUCUUGCAUUCCAUUCUGGGCGUCUCCUUUACGCGAACAUUUCUGCUCCAGUUUCGAUAG